AUGUUCUCUCGAACAAUCUCUCAUCCGUUAAGGCAGAGUAAAAAAACAUCAUCCUUGUCAUCUUUUUUCAUUUGUUGUCACAAAUCCACAACAGGUUUUUCGGCUCCAUCUACAGUCAGCAGCUCCCCUGAUAUCUUAUCAUCAGUUAAAUUGGACAGUGAAGAAGUGACACCUGAACAUGGGUCCGGUUUUUAUAAAAUGGUCGAAUUAUUCUAUGAUCGUGCUGCGGGAAUAUUAGAAGAUAAACUUGUCGAUGAAAUGAGAAAAUCAAAAUUAACAGAUGAGCAAAAACGUGUUAAAGUACGCGGAACACUAAAAAUGAUUAAACCACCAAACUACGUAUUAGCAAUCACAUUUCCAGUGCGAAGAGAUAAUGGAGAGUGGGAAUUAAUUGAGGCAUGGAGAGCUCAACAUAGUUUACAUAGAACACCAUGCAAAGGAGGCAUACGUUACUCGACGGAUGUAAAUUUGGAUGAGGUAAAGGCAUUAGCUGCUCUAAUGACAUUCAAAUGUGCAUGUGUUGACGUACCCUUUGGCGGUGCAAAAGCUGGUGUAAAAAUUAAUCCUAAAGAUUGGUCAGAAGCUGAAUUAGAAAGGAUAACACGUCGUUUAACUGUAGAGCUAGCUAAAAAAGGCUUUAUUGGUCCAGGUAUUGAUGUUCCUGCACCAGAUAUGGGUACCGGUGAACGAGAAAUGGCAUGGAUUGCUGAUACAUAUGCAUCGACAGUUGGCUGGUCUAAUAUUAAUGCCUCUGCUUGUAUAACUGGGAAACCGAUCUUACAAGGAGGAAUUCAUGGUCGAAUAUCAGCCACUGGGCGGGGUUUGUACCAUGGUGUGAAUAAUUUUGUGAAUGAAAAAUCAUUCAUGGAUAUGAUUGGUUUGACAACUGGUUUGGCAGGAAAAACGUUCAUCUUACAGGGUUUUGGUAACGUGGGUUUACAUUCAAUGCGUUAUUUGACUCGACACGGUGCUAGAUGUGUUGGUGUACUUGAAUGGGACGGAGCUAUUGUAAAUCCAGCCGGUAUUGACCCAAAAGGUUUAGAAGAUUAUAAAAUUGAUAAUGGAACAAUCAAAGGAUUUCCCGGAGCUAAAGCAUACGAUAAAGCAAAACAGGAAUUAUUAUGCGAGCCAUGUGAUAUUCUUAUCCCAGCAGCUAGUGAGCAACAAAUAACAGCGAGAAAUGCUCCAAAAAUAAAAGCAAAAAUCAUUGCCGAAGGAGCUAAUGGACCAACGACACCCGCAGCAGAUAAAAUUUUAUUAGAAAAAAAUUGUUUAGUUAUUCCCGACAUGUACAUUGUUCCCAGCCAAGAAUUUUAUGGUCGUAUGGCCGGUGCAUCAGAAGUUGAUAUUGUUCAUUCUGGUCUUGAACAAACAAUGGAAAAAUCGGCUCGUGCCAUAAUGCGUACAUCUCAAAAAUUUAACCUCGGUAUUGAUUUACGUACGGCAGCGUAUGUGAAUUCGAUUGAAAAAAUUUUUAAAGUAUAUGAAGCAGCUGCGUCCAAUACCGAUUGUUAUCGGCUAUUAAAACCAUGUCUAGUAGCGAAUGGUUUCAAAAUUUUACGUGUGUCAUUUCAUACUAGUCCAAUGAACAAUUCAAUAGGACCAAUGUCAUCCAGUACAGUGUCAUCAUCUCCACCGGCCGCGUCAUCAUCUGAUAUAUCAUCUGAACAGUCUUCUCAUUCCUCCAGUUCUUCUCAAACACCCGCGCCACAUUUUGGUUUCUAUCGUCAAGUUGAAUUAUUUUAUGAUCGUGCAGCUGCAAUUUUAGAAGAUAAACUUGUUAAUGAAAUGAAAACAAAACUAUCGGAUGAUCUCAAACGAAAAAAAGUUCGUGGAAUAUUGAAAAUUAUCAAACCAUGUAAUCAUGUACUUGAAAUACGUUUUCCAAUCAAACGUGACAAUGGCGAACUACAUGUUAUUGAAGCAUGGAGAGCACAGCAUAGUCAACAUAGAACACCGUGUAAAGGAGGUAAUUUAACCAGUGUUGAAUGCACAAUUUCUGAAAGUGUUCAAUGA